UCCUUGAGAUUAAGAUAUCGACAGACAUGUUACCUUCCUGAUGCAUUGCAUCAUAAAUUCUUCCAAAACAUGAUAAACCAAAAUGAAUCCUGUGGUGCAGAGCAGAUAUCCAUAUCCUAUUUAACAUGCCUGCUUUCUUUAUUAGAAGAAUGGACUGGAGUGGAACAUCUGGAAGAAUAUCUGAGUUACCUGAUCUAUCUUACAUGGCUAUUUAUGCCAUUACUCAUACUACUUCUACUUCCAGCAGUCAUUGUCCUCCUCCUCUAUAUUUCUGUUAUCAUUCUUCAUAUUUAUAAAAGAAAGACAGACCUAAAAGAAGCUUAUUUGAAUGAUUUCUGGGAUGGUGCAAGACAAAUGUUGGCAACUAUAUGGUAUGUUCAUGCAAGAAUAUGGAAUGGUUAUGAGUUGCGUGGCCUGGAAAAAAUACCAGAUGGACCAGCACUGAUUGUUUUUUAUCAUGGAGCAACUCCCAUAGACUUUUUCUACUUGGUGGCCACUGUUCUUAUCAGGAAGAAAAGAAUCCUCCAUAUAGUUGCUGAUCAUUUUGUGUUUUUAAUUCCAGGGAUGAAGUUACUACUUGAUGUGUUCUGUGUUCUGCAUGGAUCCCCAGAAGAAUGUAGAAAAGUAUUGGAGAAUGGAGGACUGUUGGUAAUUGCACCAGGGGGAGUACGAGAAGCACUAUUCAGUGAUGAAAAUUACACCAUUAUGUGGAGAAAUCGUAAAGGGUUUGCUCAAGUGGCUAUUGAUGCGAAAGUGCCCAUCAUUCCUAUGUUCACACGAAAUGUUCGGGAAACCAUUCGAAUAUUUGGAGGACGAAUAAGAUUCUUAAGGUCGCUAUAUGAGUAUCUUCGUUUGCCACUACUUCCUGUGUAUGGGAACUUUCCAGUCAAAUUGCAGACAUAUUUUGGAGAUCCUAUUCCAUAUGAUCCAAACGUAACUGCAGAAGAACUGACAGAAAAAGCGAAGAAUGCUCUACAGUAUUUAAUAGACAAACAUCAGGAAAUACCAGGAAAUGUCUGGAGGGCUUUGAUGGAACGAGUUACAACAGAGAGAAAAGACGACUAAUAGCUUUGGCAAAUCAUUGUGAAAAUUUUUUGAAUGGUAUUUUAAUGUGAUGUAUUAUUUAAGAAUUGUUAUAUAUAUUUUUUAUUUGCUGUGCAAAUGUACAAUUUUAUAGACUUUUUAAAAAUUGUUAAAUGUAUGGUUCAGGCAACUAAAUCUUUAAGUAUCAGUACAACAGUUCGUUUUUUACAGAAAUAAAAAUUUAGUUAAAACACAAUCUUAACUUGGAAUAAGCUAUAAAAAUGAUAUUUUAGGCUUUUUGAAAAUGUAUCAAAUAUAUAGCUUAUUUCUACCACUUACUUAAUUAAGUGUAAGCUUAAAUGUUUUGAGACUAAAUUUGAUACUUUUCUUAAAAUUUGGAUUUUUUUUCCUAUUCCAUGUAUUGUCCAGUGUAGUAGAGG